UUGUUCAAAUAAGUUGAAGAUGUACAAAUUUUCUUAUAAUGGAGAGAAAUUGCAACAUCUUUCUACUUGUUCUUGGCAGUCAACAUGUUUUGUUGUCAGUUGUUUUUACCGCAAUUUUGUUCAUCUCAUAAACCCAUUUGGGUUCCAGGUUUUUUAUUUUGUCUUCUUAUCCUUUCUAGGAUUUUGGGUUCUUAAGGAUUUAAAGCCAAGAACCGAGUUUAGGCCUAGGAACAUAGAUUUGUUUUUCACAUCCGUGUCUGCUAUCACAGUCUCAAGCAUGUCCACAGUCGAAAUGGAGGCCUUCUCUAACGCGCAAUUAAUUGUUAUGACCAUCUUGAUGUUCGUAGGGGGUGAAAUUUUCACUUCCAUGGUUGGACUUCAUUUAAAGAGGUCCAAGAUUAUAACAUGGAAUAGUGAAGGAAAAGGAACUACUGUUGAUCUCACCAAUUCCGUUGAUCAAAUUCAGUUAAGUAUAGAGCCAGUCCCAGACAAUAGAGCACACCCGCUCGAGCCUCAAAAUUAUGUCUCAUCACCAUAUUAUAACAUGCUUAACUACAAUUCAAUCAAAUUUUUGGGCUUCGUAGUUUUGGGUUAUCUUCUGGUAAUUCAAAUAUUAGGUGUUGCAUCUGUUUUAAUGUAUCUAGCCCUUUUUUCAAGUGCAAAAGAUAUACUAAGAAACAAGGGUAUCAAGGCAUUAACUUUUGCUGUCUUUACAGUAGUUUCAACCUUUGCUAGUUGUGGUUUUGUGCCCACAAAUGAAAACAUGAUAGUUUUUAGCAAGAAUUCAGGGCUUUUGUGGAUUCUUAUUCCCCAAGUCCUUCUUGGGAACACAUUAUUUCCAUCGUGUUUGAGAUUUUUUUUAUGGGUUUUGGGAAAGAAAAUCAAAAAGUCUGAGGCCAAAUACCUGUUGAAGAAUACAACAAAAGUCGGGUACCUCCAUUUGCUCCCCAGCCUGCAUUCAUCGCUCCUAGUAGCCACAGUGCUCGGGUUUAUUCUCACAGGGUUCUUACUAUUCUGCUCUCUGGAGUGGAAUUCAGAAGGUUUGGGUGGACUCAAUACUUAUCAGAAAGUCAUUGGCAUUCUCUUUGAAACAGUUAAUGCAAGGCACAGCGGUGAAACUAUUGUCGAUCUGUCAACAAUCGCACCAGCCAUUUUGGUGUUCUUCGUUGUUAUGAUGUACCUUCCACCAUAUACAUCAUUUCUACCAGUUAAGGGGGAUGAACAUAGCUCUCUUGAGCGUGAAGGGACAGAGAGAAGAAGAAAAUGGAUUGCUGAAAGUCUCAUAUUUUCACAGCUUUCUUAUCUCGUUAUCUUUAUUAUUCUCAUUUGUAUUACAGAAAGAAAGAGCAUAAAAGAAGAUCCCAUCAACUUCAGUGUGCUCAAUAUCGUAAUCGAAGUUAUAAGUGCUAAUGGAAAUGUGGGCUUCACAACUGGCUAUAGUUGUGAGCGUCAACUACGGCCUCAAGCAAAUUGUACGAACAAAUGGUAUGGAUUUUCCGGAAAAUGGAGUGAUGAGGGAAAAAUAAUUCUCAUUCUUGUCAUGUUUUCUGGAAGACUGAAAAAAUUCAAUAUGAAUGGAGGUAAAGCAUGGAAGCUCUUGUAAGUGAAAAAUGGCACAAAUUUUUGUACAAAUAGGCCAAAAAAAAUAAAAUAAAAAGUAUUAAUAAUACUUGGGUCAA